AGUGAAAACGCACAGCACGGUACACGACGUCGUCGCACAAUUACGGGAAAAACUAUUCAAAGUGUACAAGCAGAAGGAAAGCAGAGGAGGAAGAAAAAAAAACUGAGAAAAGUGCCAUUUAGAAGCAGAAAAUAAUAAAUUAAAUUAUAAACCGUUUUUGUUUUUUUGUUUUUUUUUUAUUGUAGAACGAAAAUGGUGUAACAAACAAUUUGAUUAAGCCAUUAAUUGACGAGGAAAAGUGCAAGUGCAGUGGGUGGAAAUGUUUUAGAUUGGCUCCGCUCUCACACGGGUGGUGGGUGAUACGCGCGGGGGACGCUACGGACGGAACGGGACGAGACGGUGCUACUACGGUCGUCGGUACGGAGUCGUCGGCGGGGGGUCGGUGGAAAAGCGCGAAAAGAAAAGACAUCAAUAGUCAAUUUUAUUAUACCUAAUCAAGAGGAUACAGAAGGACAGACACAAUCAUCAUGGGCAAUGUGUGCAGUUCCGGUCAGAAGAAGAAAAAGGACAAGGACAGUGCGUCCGAGAAAUCUGAUGACUCCCCACCUUAUCAAGAGGCCAAUGCUGACAAAAAGGAUGCUCUCAUCUCGAAUGAGACAAAUGCAGAUGGCGAUGAAAAACGGGCCCCCUUGGCGGCCAUAGAAGCUCUGCCAGAGGCCCAACAGGAAACAAAUGGUAAUCAAAAGCAACAACAGCCCACACAGCCGGCCCAAGCCAAACCCAAUGCCACAGAGAAGGACUCCACCAGUACCACACCGCAGGGGGCGCAGGCGCCUAGUGGCGAUGUGGCCAAUGCCAAUAAUCCGACCAUGGGCAAUCUUAGUAUGCUUCAGGGUAAGCCCCCACCUGGCCGUAAAAUCGAACGUGACAAGAAAAUAGUUAUCUAUAUACUGGCCGACAAUAGCUCAGAGUACAAGAAGCAUAAACGUGUCAUCUAUAGUCUGUAUAAACAUUUCAAGAGCAAGUGCCAAAGUAAAGGAUUCGAUUUCAUCAUUGCCGAUGUCCAUGACAGCGAUCAUGAUCAGCAACUGCAAAUGGAGCAGUCGAAUGGCAAUGCCAAAAAGGAUUUCUCCCGACUGCAGGAGGUGAAACGUUGGACACAAACCCCAUUGGAGGCCCAGGGCGGACACGAGGAGGCGGCCAAUUGUCUGUGCGAGAUAACACGUCAUGCGGCUGGAGCUUAUAUUAUCCCCGUGCUUUUCAUGGGCUCCACUUUGGGUACACCCAUGCUGCCACUGACCAUCGAGAGUCAGGACUUCACAUCGGUACUGAGUGCCGCCAGUGAUGCUGAGAAACUGUUGCUAGAGAAAUGGUAUACCAUCGAUAAUUCGUAUCAACCGAUGUGCCAUCGUCUCUACACCCAACAGAUUGAUCCCUAUUCCACCCAGGUGAAUGGUGAACUCAAUGAAUUGCUGUCGGUCCUAUUGCGUCUUUUUGGCGACGAUGUCAAGGACUCGUAUCUGACCACAGUCGUGGAGCAGGAGAUCAAUAACACUGUCCUAAUGAGCCAAGAGUUGGCCAAACGUUGCAUUUGGAUACAGACGGGUGCCCAAUAUAAUCGUGCUCCGGAAAAUGCCAGUCAAUUGGAACUGGAGGUACUCCGACGCAUUACACGCAUCUAUGCCGAGCUCAAGAAUCAAUUGUGUGAGAAGAAUCUAAUACGCUUAUUGCCCACCAUGAAUAUCCUGGACGAGGAGCUCUCAGCGGUUAUUGAAAACCUUCUCGACAAGUCCCUGGCGGGCAUAUUCGAUGAGCAUCAACAGAAGAGUAGUAUACCCUAUAACACGCUGGGCGUCGAUCGGGUUCUGCUCGAGGAGCUACAACUAAUUGGCCACUACUCAAAACUAUUAGCACAAAAUUCGGCCAAUUUCGAUAUAAUGAACGAUGUGAAGCGUUAUAUACGAGAUGGCACAACACAACCAUUGAUAGUAUCAGGUGCUCGGGGGAGUGGCAAAUCAGUGCUAGUAUCAAAGAUUAUGGAAAAUGUUCAUCGCUGGAAACCAGAAGCCCAAUUGAUAUUGAGAUAUGCCAACUUGAGUGCACGUUCUUCGGAUCUUACUUCUAUACUGGGUUCCAUGGCCAAUCAAAUGUCCGUACUGGAGACGGGUCAACAAUGCCAAGCGCCUCAUACAAUUGAGGCUUAUGCCAGUGUAAUAAGAGAAAUUUUGGGACGCCAACAGCGAUUCUUUGUUCUCAUAAUUGAUGGAAUCGAUGAAUUGCAACGUGAUGCCACAUUGGACUGGUUGCCUCUGCAGUUAGGCACUUUGGGUAAACUCAUACUAACGGUCAGUGAGCUGGAGGAUGUGGGAGAUGGAGAUACUACCAAUUCUGAUACGGAUUCCUUUGAUAUGCUCGCCGCGCUGGCGCAGUUGGGCAUUCCACCGCGUUGCUUCUUGCGUCUGCGUCAAUUCACUGAACGCCAAUGGCACGAUAUACUCAGUUCGGGCGGUGGUGAUUUCUAUGCGGCAAACGGGGCCCUUAAGCUGCCCGAUGAAUGGAAGGCUCUGCAUGGCAAGACACCGUAUCACGCCAAGUCACUGUGGUGGCUUGCCUGGUUGGGACAUGUGUCGCAACCAAUUAGCGAUAUUGGCGACAUUUCGAGCAAGAUAUUACAAGCACUGGAGACCAAGUUCGCUACCGAUCAAGUGGAAUUGCUUCUACUUAUCGUGCGACUGUCGCCGUGGGGCAUUAGGGAGAGCGAUUGCUUGGGUGUUUUUCAAAAGAUCACACAAUUGGAGGCGCAGGUCGCUUUCAAGAUAUGGUCCAAGUUCUGUUGGCUGAUGGGACCAAUGCUAUUAGGUCUUAAGAAUAUUAGAAUAGCGGACAGAAGUUUCGGACGCGCCGUCCUGGCGAGGUAUGCGCAGAAGCAGUGGCUGGUACAUGAAGCGCUGCGGGACUACUUUGAUCGCCAGGAUAGCGAGUUCAAGACCAAUCAAGGAGUAGCCAUCACCUACAAUUACCAGAAGUACUUAAAACUGCCUUAUCAUCAUUUUUGCGCUGUUAUCGAGGAUAAACCGGCGUCGCAUAAAAUUGACAUACUCUUCAAUUGUUUCUAUUUCACCGAUUUGCAAUGGAUUGCCAAUAAGGUUCAUGCCACUGGUCCGAAUCAUUUGAUGCACGAUAUCCUUCAUGCCGAAUGGCUGGCCGGAAGUGAAGGAUGCGAUAAUUAUGUUCAUAUUAAAUUCCUUGAACAAUUUCUAGUGCAAUUUCUGCACGAGUUGAGCUACGAUGGCCAACAAUUCUAUACGCUUAUGAAAUACUAUCUAAAGACACGCUUCAAAGAGUCCCCCAACUUGAAGGAUGAUGAAAAAAUCCGUUCAUGGUGGGAGUAUACAAAUGAAUUGGAAUUCGCCUUCCUCGAGAUACUCAAUGCAAGUUUGGGUGUCGAAAAUGGCAAUGAUGAUGAUACUGGCGGAGUAGAAGAAGUUGGUCCUGGUGGUGGUCCAAUGAGAGGAUAUGAUGUUUUGGUCAAUCUGCCACAGCCGGGAUGCUAUGUGGCUUCACUAUGCACUGAACGUGCUGAAAUAUGCAUUUGGGAUGUCAAAAACUGCUGUCGUAUACGAGAGCUACAGGGUAUACAGCAACCCACAGCCAUGUGUCCUGUGGGUAGCUAUGAGGCGGCUGUCUUAUGUCGUCGAGAGAUACGUGUCAUUAAUCUGGAUGAGGGCAAAUUUAAGGUGACACUUAAGGGCGUUAUGAACCAAAAGAUGCCCUACUUUGGUCUACAUGAUCAAAAUCAUUUGGUUUGCCUUUCACGUAAUCGAAUGUAUGUUAAUCUCAUGAAUUUAGAGUCCGGUGACUGUGUGACCACCUUUAAGGCUGGCGAAGAUCGUUUCCUUAACUCCCUGCUGGUCUCGGGUGAUGGACGCAUUUUGGUCUGUGGCGAUGAGACACAAAAACCUUUUCCACUCCUCGUCUGGCACUUGUCACAAAAGAAAUUACUCUACGAUCUACGUAUACCACAUCAUGAUUUCAUCACUUCGCUGUCGGCCAUCACACACGAGGGUUCCUAUGUCAGUGUGGUGGCCAAGGAGCUAAAUGAGCCAUCGACUCCGAAUUUCAUAGUCGUCUACGAUCUCCAGAGUGGAACUUUGUUCAAGAAAUGGAAACCCAGCUGUAAUACCGUCUCUCUGGCCAUAUCACAAUUGAAUGCGUGUGUCAUAGCCGGUUUGGAGGAUGCCAAAAUUAUGAUAUGGGAUCUGGUGACAGGCAAUUGUAAAUGCACUCUAAUAGGACAUAAUGCACCAGUUACUUUCCUCAAAUUGGAUCCUCUGGGUAAAGUUUUACUCUCGUUUGAUAAGGAAGGACGCGAUAGUGCCAUACGCAUGUGGGAACUCAAUACAGCCAAAUCAUUGGCUGUCUUUAAGCCACCAGCUCAAGUUUCGACCUGUGAGAUAUUGCCAAAUGGAGCAUUUGUCGUUUUGGCUCUCAAGGAUCGCAAUGAUCUGUUAACUUUGGCACUUAAAAAUUAUACUGGUGCCGGCACUGGCGAUGUCCUUGAAGAUGAUUGUGGCACACUAUAUGGCAAUCCCGAUAACCAGCACAAAGUUUUUGACUUGAGUAAUUAAAUCAAUUAAUCGUUAGUUAUCAUUAUUCAAAUUAUAUUAAAAUGAACAACAACCAAAAAAAAAA